AUGAGCCGCCACAUUACCCAACCAUGGGUCAUUGUUGGAGAUCUGAAUGUUACAUUACAUUCCACGGAGAAGCAGACAUUUUCAACUCACACGACGCCUUCACGUUCUUCUAUCUCAAGAGCUAUAGAUCAGAUUGGAUUGAUAGAUAUUCCAUUUUCUGGUUAUCCAUUCACAUGGUGUAAUAACAGAACUGCCAAUAUCCAAGUUCGAGUAUGCCUAAAUCGAGCAUUAGCAAAUUCUUCUUGGUUCUACAAGUAUAAAGAAGCAUUGGUAUAUCAUCUGCUCCCUAUGGGAUCAGACCACUCUCCCAUCUUACUGCAUAUAGAUCCAAGCUCGCCUCUUCUACGGAGACCAUUUCGUUGUUAUAAAUUCUGGUUUAAAUACCCUCAAUGGAGAGACAUUAUUGCAUCAAGUUGGAAAACAGAUGUCAAGGAUUCUCCAGCUUAUCAAUUUGUGGCUCAACUCAAAACAGCCAAACAAGCUCGCCAACAGUGGAAAACUGCAACAUUUGGUAACAUACAAGCCUUCAUUGAUCAAUUACAAGCUCAACUUCAAGAAACAAUAGAUUCAAACGGUGACCUGCAUCUUAUCCAAGCACUCAAAGAUAAGUUAGAUGACCUGUAUGAUUCUUAUAACAACAUGAUGUUUCAGCAAUCACGUGAAAACAUUUUGAAAUAUGAAGACAAGAAGACCAAAUUUUUUCACUCGAAAGCCAAUUAUUGA